AUGCCCCGUGUGGCUCAUAGGCUCGACACGGCAAAGUCUGAGUAUAUCUGCGAUGAGGAACGUCUUCGCAAUCGCCACGCAAAGGCGUUCAAGCUGCACAAGGCUGGCAUCAACCUGAAGAUGUCGUUGGAACUACACAAAAGCGAAGGUUUGAUACCACCGUACCUGCACAAAGAGCGCGUUCCUAUUAUCGAAUGCCUGUACGAUGCGAGCAUGGAUGGAUUCAGAAGUUUCAUCAGGAAAGAAGUUACCAACGAGUACCAAGAGACAGUUGAAUCGCUUGCGAGAGAAGAAGCUGAAACGGAACAACUAAGCGAAGUGGAUAUCAGCCUCUUAAAGUCGAAGACACGACGUCUUACGCUUUCCAUGAAGCAUAGCCUCGUGAAUCGCGGCGGCCGACUCCCAUCGUUCAGGGAAAUAUUCGGCUCAGAUGACGGAAGCGAAGAAUCAGCUGACAGCGAUGAGGAUUUCGAGGUCGAUGAUCUUGACGAGGAUGACGAUAUGGCGCUCGAUCUUGAGCUCGACGAUGAUGUCGUUCAGCAGUAUAUCGAUGAAGACGGCAAUCCUGUAUUUGACGAGGACGGCAACCCUGUGUUCGAGGACGACGGAGAGCUUUUCACAACCGUGUGGGAAGUGGCUACUGAGGACGAGUAUGAUAGCGAUAUGGAUGAGGACACGGAUGAGGAUGAUGACGAUGACGAGAUGCACGACGCGUUGGAAACCCAGCAACAGCCCGCCAACACCAACACCAACGACGACGUUGACUAA